UGAGCAACAGUGCAAAUGAGAAGAGCCAGAUCCAUUUUGACGCAAGCACCGCUACAAUCUAACCAGCAACGGCUUUAUCUUCUUCUCGACUACCAUUGUCCCAAGCGUCCUACACUGCUUCGCUCCCAGUCUUCAUUCCACUCAGAACUUGCAGGUCGUAGCUCAUGGAACAUAACGUUGGCCAAUGAGCCCCGGAGGACUGGGAGGAGUGUAAUUGCGGUGCUUCAGAACCAGAGGAUUAACGUUUUUCCUUUCCUUUUCCAGCUAAAAAGAACAAUGAGUUUAAUGUUAGGGUUUCAUCUUCACCAUGUCGUCUGGUUUGCCUCCCAAUUCCACCACCAUCACUUGAAAUCUUCUUCAGCCCAAGGUCCUGGUAGCCCUCUCCCUCUCCCUCUGACUCUUACUGUCCACAAUAAUUUCCAGGAAAAGCACGUACUAGCUGUCAAUUCGCAAAGAACAAAUUCGUCCCGGGACUAUCUCCCUAGAGCUGCUUCACUUAGCGGUUCCGGUGCUGAAUAUUCCGAGCAAUUGUUAGGAACCGAAAUGGAGCGGCAAAGAUGGAGGGUGGCUGGGAUUGAUCAAAAUGAAUUAUUGGAUGCACCUGAUUUAGUUGAUCCAGAUAGUUGCUUUCUUGAAUUUAAGGGGGUCCAGAUACACCACAAGAUAUGCGAGGCUCCAGAUCCAACUGAGCACUCGUUACAGGAACAGGCAACUUCCCAACUUAAUUACCAAAAUAAGAGAAUUGCCUUUCCCAUAAUUUUAUUACAUGGGUUUGCAGCCUCAGUGUUUUCGUGGGAACGAGUUAUGAAGCCGUUGGCAUCUCUCACUCGUUCGAAAGUUCUUGCUUUUGACAGGCCUGCCUUUGGGUUGACAUCCAGGGUGAGUUACUCUGAACGUCCAAAUACAGGUGGUCAUGACAUGCAACUUUUGAAUCCAUACUCCAUGACAUUUUCUGUGCUAGCAACCCUGUCUUUCAUUGACCUUUUAGCUGCAGACAAGGCAAUCUUAAUGGGGCACUCAGCUGGUUCUCUUGUAGCAGUUAAUACAUACUUUGAAGCUCCUGAGCACAUUGCUGCUCUGAUCCUUGUUGCCCCAGCGAUUCUGGCUCCAAAUAUACUGCCCAAAUUCAGCAAAGGAAGUCAAAUGAAAAGAGAGAACCAAAUUGAUGGUGGAAACUCUAAUUUUUACGAUGGAAACAAUCCACUAAUCAGAAUUGGGAAGACUUUGUCAAAGUUCUGGAUAUUCAUUGUGCAAGGAAUAAUGCAAAUGCUGAAAGGGAUGGUUGGUAUGAUUGGCUCUCUGUAUAAGAAAGCCUUGACAGCGAUUCUACGUUCAGCCUUGGCAGUAACAUUGGUUAGGAUGGUAAUUGAUAAAUUCGGUAUAGCUGCCAUUCGGAAUGCGUGGUAUGAUGCAAAUCAAAUUACAACUCAUGUUCUAAAUGGUUAUACAAAGCCAUUACAAGUCAAGGGUUGGGACAGGGCUCUUGUGGAGUACACGAUAGCCAUGCUUACAGAUUCUGCAUCUGUAUCAAAGCCCCCACUGACAGAAAGACUCAAUGAGAUCUCCUGCCCAGUGCUCAUUGUCACGGGUGAUAGUGAUCGACUUGUCCCCACCUGGAAUGCCAAGAGGUUGUCAGAAGCAAUACCCGGAUCCUGUCUCGAAGUGAUAAACAACUGUGGUCACUUACCUCAUGAAGAAAGGGUGGAGGAAUUUGUUUCAAUUGUUGAGAAAUUCUUGCGAAGAGUUUUUGGUGCUCCAGAGGAAAAGUUUCUGCAAGCAGCUAUUUGAAGCAAAUACACCAUUUUGUGUUUUGGAUAGGUGAACUUAUACAACAUGAUAGGCUCUUAAGCAUAGGAUUUUUAAUUACUGUGUAUCUGGCCAUUUCAAGCCAUAGUGUAUGUUUUUUUAAUGAUAUAAAAAUAUCAAAUUUCACCA